UUAUGAGUUCUUUGUCAUAUUCAGAGCUUUUGCUAUGCAAUUUUAUUCAUUGUUACCAUUUACAUGAACACAAGUCCAAUCUCAAAUAAAUAUUACAGGAUCAGUGUAACUAAUUUUCACUGAAAAGAAACUAACUACUUUUCCUUUAGAGUUGGUAAGAUUUAUCUCAAUUCUCAACUCAUUCAACUAAAACAUGCGACUCUCAAUAAUCUCACCUCUACUUCAUGUUUUAAUCGUCUUUUCACAGGUCACAACAAUAUCUUAAAACAUAAACUUAAAAUGUCAUUUUGACCAAAAUAUUGUUAAAAAUGUGAUAAGUUAAAGCAGCAAUUUAUUAAUACCAUAUAUAACAUCUCCCAAAUAUCUUCUUACACAUUGCUAUCAUUUUAUUUAUGGAAAAGUUUCCUAAUGAUCAAAUUUGAUUUUGAGCAAAGCUAUCAAUUAUAAAUUGAAGAAAUAUUCCUUGGAAAUGUAAAUAUUCUGCGUUUACCAGUUCAUGGCGGCCACAAACCUCGAGAAUUCGUCAAAACAUGUUUGUUCUCUAAUUUUUCCAACGACUUUCAAAAUAUAUAUGCUUAGUCAUGCAUUUAAUAAUAACAAAUCAUUGAUCUUACACCAAUAAGGUUUUCGUCGUUACCCACUCCCCCCCCUCUUUCUUUCAUUACAAAACACAGCAACACAUCAAUCAUACCAUAUGAUCAUUGCACCAUCUCUCUAAGAUUUUUAUUACAUCGAUCUAAGAUUUCUAUUUUCUUCUUAUUUCCAUUUUGGUGUGUUCAGAAAAAAAAAUCAACAAUGGGAGCGUACAAAUCCGACGACGACUACGAUUAUCUCUUUAAACUAGUCUUGAUCGGAGAUUCCGGAGUCGGAAAAUCCAACCUGUUGUCUCGGUUCACCAGAAAUGAAUUCAGUAUCGAGUCAAAGUCUACCAUCGGUGUCGAGUUCGCUACAAGAAGCGUUCAUGUCGACGAGAAAACCAUCAAAGCUCAGCUUUGGGACACCGCCGGUCAAGAAAGAUAUAGAGCAAUCACGAGUGCAUACUACAGAGGAGCAGUAGGUGCUCUUCUAGUGUACGACAUAACUCGACACGUAACGUUCGAGAACGUUGAACGAUGGCUCAAGGAGCUUCGUGACCAUACCGAUGCCAGCGUCGUGAUCAUGCUUGUUGGAAACAAAGCUGAUCUUCGUCACCUUCGUGCUGUUCCCACGGAAGAGGCUAGAUCUUUCUCUGAGAGAGAGAAUAUGUUCUUUAUGGAAACUUCUGCUCUUGAUGCUACAAAUGUUGAGCAAGCUUUCACUCAUGUCUUGACUCAGAUCUAUCGUGUAAUGAGCCGUAAAGCUCUUGAUGGCACUGGAGAUCCAACAUCGUUGCCUAAAGGACAGACCAUUGAUAUUGGAAACAAGGAUGAUGUUACUGCUGUUAAGUCCUCUGGUUGUUGCUCAAGUUGAAAUCAUUGUUUUUGUUUUUGUGUACUUCUUUUGGAGAGAGGUUUUGGUUCCUGGAUUUGUUGUAUCUGAAUUUAUAAUUUUGAGAGGGGGUGUGGUUUAAGGUUGGUUUUACAACACAACCCGCGAAUUUGUAGCGAAUUGAACAAGAGAUGGUCCGGUUAAAAA